AUGAAGAUCUACAAAGACAUUAUUUCCAACGAUGAGCUUUUGUCCGACGCUUACGACCUGCAACUGGUCGACGGCGUCAUCUACGAGGCCGACUGUGUGCGAUGGUCAAAGUCGGUGGGGACAACAUCGAUAUCGGUGCCAACCCAUCCGCUGAAGCCGGUGACGAGGACCUUGAAGAAGGUGCUGAGAUUGUCAACAACGUUGUUCACUCUUUCAGAUUGCAGCCAACUGCUUUCGACAGAAGUCUUCUUGACCUACAUCAAGGGCUACAUGAAGUCCAUCAAGGCCAAGUUGCAAGAGUCUAACCCAGACGAGGUUGCCACUUUCGAGAAGGGUGCGCAGACCUACGUCAAGAAGGUCAUUGGUUCCUUCAAGGACUGGGAGUUCUACACCGGUGAGUCCAUGGACCCAGAUGCCAUGAUCUUGAUGUUGAACUACCGUGAGGACGGUACCACCCCAUUCGUCGCCAUGUGGAAGCACGGUGUCGUCGAGGAGAAGAUCUAA